CAGGUGACAGACAAACACACGAAGAAGAAGCAGCAGCAGCAGCAGCAGUCCUCGUGUGUGACGCGUGUUUGUUGUUUUAUUCCUUUAUUAAAAACAUUAAUUAUAAUUAACACAUUAAAACAUUUACACUUUGACCGGAGCUUCCUGGAAGGUUGCCAUGUCGUCCUACACCUGCAUCAGCUGCCGAGUGGCGUUCACAGACGGCGAGGUGCAGCGGGCGCACUACAAAACCGACUGGCACCGUUACAACCUGAAGCGGAAGGUGGCCGACAUGCCGCCGGUCACCGCCGAGAACUUUCAGGAGCGCGUCCUGGCACAGCGGGUGGCCGCCGAGCAGCAGCUGAGCGACGCGGCGAGCACCGAGGGCUGCGCCGUCUGCAGCAAGAAGUUCUCCAGCGCCAACGCCUACCAGAACCACCUGCAGUCCCACAAACACCAGCAGGCGGAGAGGCAGGCUCUGCUGGCCGCCCAGAGGAAAGUGGAGAAGCUGAACGAGAAGAACCUGGAGAAGGGGCUCGGCGACGAGAAGGUGGACCACGACGCCAGGAACGAGGCCCUGCAGCAGGCCCUGAAGGAGCAGCACAGGUCGAGCCCGGCCAGCCAGGGGAAGGCGCAGAGGACGGAGAAGCUGGAGAAGCUGGAGAAACCUCCCAGGAUGAUGUGGCUGGAGGAGCAGGCCAAGAGGCGAGAGAGAGAAGAAGGAGCCACAGCUGGGGAAGAGGAUUGGGAGGACGUCGAGGAGGAGGAAGAGGACGACGAUGAAAUGGAGGACGAGGAGGAGGAGGAGGAGGAGGAGGAGAUGAUGGACCAAGAGGAAGGAGACUCAGCGGCUCAGUCCGACCCUCAACCAGCCGCUCUGCCGGGCUCCAUCCCCGUCACCGACUGCCUGUUCUGCUCCCACCACUCCAAGUCGCUCAUGAAGAACGUCGCCCACAUGACCAAAGUGCACAGCUUCUUCAUCCCCGACGUGGAGUUCCUCGUCGACCUCAAGGGCCUCAUCCGCUACCUCGGAGAGAAGGUCGGCGCUGGGAACGUUUGCUUGUGGUGUAACGAGAAGGGACGCUCGUUCUACUCGGCAGAAGCCGUGCAGAGUCACAUGACCGACAAGAGCCACUGUAAACUCUUCACAGACGGCGACGCCGCUCUGGAGUUUGCAGACUUCUACGACUUCAGGAGCAGCUACCCGGACAAGAAGGAGGGCGAGGACGCCGAGAUGGACGAAGAGGAGCUGCCUGAUGACAAGAGCCUGGAGUACGACGAUGAAACGCUGGAGCUGACGCUUCCUUCAGGCGCUAAGAUCGGCCACCGCUCCCUCAUGAGGUACUACAAACAGCGGUUCGGAGCUCAGAGAGCGGUGGUUCUGACCCACAACAGGAACGCCGUUGGCAGAGUUCUGCGGCAGUACAAAGCUCUGGGCUGGGGAGGAGACGGAGGCAACAGCUUCCAUCAGAAACCGAGAGACAUGCAGUACGUACAGAUGAUGAAGUCAAAGUGGAUGCUGAAGAUGGGGAUGAGCCACAACGCCACCAAGCAGAAGCACUUCAGAGCCCAGGUCAUGUUCUAAACUGGGACUGGAGAUGUGACACAGACUGGUGGAUCCUGAAAAUGUUAAGAUCCCGUCAGACUGAGCUCAAAACUCAGACGGCAGCCGGUCGGUUCACGUGUCAAUCACAUCGCGUCGUUCGGAGGUUCGUCAGCUGCAGAACUGACGGAAAUCGACCGAGUUUCUUGGGAGUUCUCGUACGAGGAAUCCACAUUUCCAACUUUCAGACGUCUCUGUCAUGCUGCUUCAACUGUGUGGAGAGUCCAGGUCCACCUUAAAUCAGAUUGACAUUGACUUCCUUGAUCGGACUUAAGGUGGAAGUUCUGAAUGAAUCACAUUUGUAAAAUCAUGUUGGAGUCUAAUCAGUUACAUAACACACUAUUAUUAUUUUUGUAGACCAAUGGCGGGAUUCCAUCUUGAUGAUUUAAUGUGCUCGUGAUACAACCAACCAAAUAAAUGUUUGAUAUUUAUCGGGUA